AUUAGUCUUCUUCGAGCCUUCCGCUUACGUAGAAGCAGUGACAUUUGUUCCACCUUGUUUUUCCCCCCGCUUUGAAAUGGCCGGAAGCCUGGAUAUUUUACAAUGCGGAUUCGAGUUUUUGGCACAAAACCGCGACAUCUUGUUCGAAAAUGUGCUGAUCGUGUUCAAUCCCAACUCUUGCGAGGAAUGCGCCCACUUCUUGAAGCAAUCCCCAUUUCGUUCCACCGAGAUGACGUUUCAAACCCUUGAUCCCAGCAACUUUGACGAAUUGGACCCGAGGUUGAAUUCCAAUGGUUCCAACCAUCUGCUCCCCGAUCCGAACCUCGUGGCGCUGACCUUGAUUAUCAUCCUCCAUUUGGAUGAUUUAGCCAGUCGAUUUAUGGCCAAAUUUGAGCCGACUGCCUUGCAUGGCUCCACGUGGUUGGUGCCAAACGAGGUUCCAAAUCCGGUCGUGGACCAAUUAAAGCUCGACUCGCGUAUCUUCCAAAUGGUGCCGAGCAACGACAACAACAACGACGAAGACGACGACGAAGACCUCCAGGAGAGUGGGUAUGAAAUCCAGGAGAUCUAUCGGAUCGGUUCCGAGACCAUUUCCUUGGCUUUUGCCAAUUAUUCGGUCCGGAACGCGACCCUACGUCGACACAAUAAUGAGUUUCUCUGGUCCAGAAGACAUGAUCUCGGGGGUUUAAUGUUCAAUGUGGGCUACAAGGAGAACCCGGGCUUCAACUAUCGAGACGAGAACGGGGAAUUGUCAGGGAUCAUGGUGGAUGUUUUGAAGAUCAUGGCCAAAAAAAGCAAUUUUUCCACAAACAUGUUGAACACAUUUGACGGCACGUUCGGCAGUUUGAAUGCCAAUGGAAUUUGGUCUGGGAACAUGGGGAUGUUGGUGAACAAGACGAUCGACUUUGCCAUUGCAGAUUUGUCCGUUACAUCACAACGAAGUGAAGCAGUUUCAUUCACUACCGGGAUUCUGAUUGCAGCUAACAAGCUUUUCAUGAAGGUUCCGCGUCAGGGUUACGCUUGGACAACUUUUGUGGACGUGUUCGACAACACCUUUUGGACAGCCAUGGGCGUGGCUUUCGUGAUCACCACCUUGUCCCUCUACGUUCUGUUCCUGUUCGUCAACCGCGAGACAACCAUAGGUUUCAACACGUCUUUGGCCAUUUCUUUCCUGGCAUUCCUGGCCUUGAGCGUUCCCACUUCUCCUCGGCAAGUGCCCGGUCGGAUCUUGUUUCUAUCUGUUCUUGUCAUGGGAUCAUUGUGCUUUUGGAGCUACAAUGCUGGCCUGGUCAGUUUGUUAACCGUUGAGGUGAUCACUUUACCGAUUCAAACUUUGGAGGAUUUAGUGGAGAAACAAGACUAUCAGCUGAUUUUGGAGGGAUCGACGUCCUAUGAGGAUUACUUCAGACUCGCCACCCUGAGCUCGAAUCCAACAGCUGCUCAACUCUGGGAAAAGAGUCUGAAAGACCAUCCCAACGCCUUGAUGACAUCCACGGCUAACAUAGAGGAUCGUCUACUCAAUAAUGACAAAGAGGUCUAUUUUGGCGAGGAUUUAUCCACCAUCUUGGGCAUGCCCAACUAUCCUUGUCAGAUUGUUGCUUCACAAAAGUCUUACUUCAGAGUGAACAUUGCUUGGGCGUUUCAGAAGGAUUCCCAAUACUUGGAAGUGUUCAAUUAUCAUCUGAACAAGCUCAAACAAACGGGACAUUUGAUCGUAUUUUGAAGACGCUUAUCACGGAGAGGCCCGAGGUUCCAUGUGAAUCUGGUUUCCAGCCUAUAAAGAUUAAGGCCAUAUUCACAGCAUUUAUCAUGUUGGCCACUGGAGCCGCCGCUGCUGUUGGGUUGAGCAUUGUAGAAAGGCUUGUGAACAGAGUUAAGAUGUGAACCGCGAGCCUCUGAUGACAAAUAUUCCUCUUUCUAUGAAGCUCUGAAGUGCAAUAAUGUAGACUUAGAUUCUGAUUCUGAAUAUCCAAUGUAAAAUAUCCUACUUCAGAGCUAUUAAAGGCCACCCUCCCAAAGUAUGACCUCAUCCAAGGAGAUAUUCGGAAUAUAACCGCUGUAACCUUUCCUCCGCGGAAAUUAAAUCGUUUUCAACAUAUCAAAAGCUCCAGGGCAUUGCAACCAAACCAAACAAUAAACAGUUUGCAAAAUCUUUAUGAUAGAAAAACCUUAUCACUGGUUGAAAGUUUGAACUCUAUUUGGUUGCAAUUCUUAAGAUGAUCUUCAAGUGCUUCUUUCGCUCUUGAUACCAUUGCAAAUACAUUUUGUGACCCAAAAUGGUUGUUGAAAUCGCCUUGUGGCCGAACCUUGGGAACAAUUGUGACUGCGAACAGGACUUCACUUAAGAAGUACCGAGGGAAAAAAGGUCGAUUCGAUCAUAUGACAAGGUUCAAAAAAUAAUCAAGGGUCGGGCCAGGAUCAGAUACCUUCCUAUUCAAAAUCUUCCAUUGCCGAUGGUCCUUGAAAUCUUCAGAACCUUCGUCAUCCCUUUUUUUCUUCACGGCCUUCACCUCUGGUCUCCCAAUUCCGCCUAAUCCGCCAAUCAAGUCCACCGAUGUUCUCUUCGCCAUAUUCCUAAAGCGAU